AUUAAAUGCAGAAGCUAGUCUAAAAUAUGGACAGGAUAGCAUUACAUGGCCAACAACAGUCGACGCCCAGCUUUUAUCCCAAGUUUCGGGUGGACCAUCAAAGGAUGGGCGAUUGUACGGCAUGCCUAUGUACAUGGACCCUGAAGAGCAAGGGGUGUCAUAUCGAAAGUAUCCUCGGCACACUAUACCUAGUAAUUCUGUUCAAUCAUCCCAACAAGUGGUGCAGUUACAACAAACCGUAACAGCAUUACAUGAGAAUCAACAGACACUGGAAGAGAAGUUUGAAAGGAUGGAGAGUGCUUUUUAUGAUGCAGGGAGGGAUGCCAGGAGGGAUGUAGGGAUGGAUGCAAGGAGAAGGAGGGGCUAGGACAAGUGGGGGAGCAUAAUAGGUGUUGCUCUCAGUUGAUCUUUGUAUCAAAACAUCUUGUUCUAUUAUAUAUUUUAGGUAUGUAUGAGGUUAAGGCAUUAAGAUUAAGUAAUUAGUAUUUUAGGUCAUAAAUUGUUUAAUUAUGG